GUGAUGUUAUACAGAGUCAGACUGCUCUAUACAGGACUCUGCCCCUUUCCUCCAUUUCCCUCCCAGCAGUUUCUGACAUUAAUGGGCUGGAUUUAACUCCACCCAAGUGUUCAGCAAGGCGGCCUCCAGGCCAUGUGUGUGAGCUGUGGGCUCAGGCCUUUCUAGAGAGCUUUGGUGACAGCUUGCUGCUGCUUCCCUCCCCGGCUAGUGACUUCUCUUCCUUGUCGCCAUGGCGAGCCCCUGCAUCGUGCUCGACGACGAUGAGCAAGGUUACGAUCUCGAUUUAUUUUGCAUUCCCAAACAUUAUGCAGCUGAUUUGGAGAGAGUCUACAUUCCGCACGGACUUAUCAUGGACAGGACAGAAAGGCUGGCUCGGGACAUCAUGAGAGAUAUGGGAGGCCAUCAUAUAGUUGCUCUAUGUGUGCUGAAGGGGGGUUAUAAAUUCUUUGCAGAUCUGCUGGAUUACAUCAAGGCACUGAACCGCAACAGCGACAAGUCUAUCCCUAUGACUGUAGACUUUAUCAGACUAAAAAGUUACUGUAACGAUCAGUCGACCGGAGACAUAAAAGUUAUAGGAGGGGAUGAUCUUUCUACUUUGACAGGAAAGAAUGUAUUGAUUGUUGAGGAUAUUAUCGAUACAGGGAAAACAAUGAAGACUUUGCUUGCUAUGUUGCAGAGGUAUAAUCCGAAAAUGGUUAAAGUAGCCAGCUUGCUUGUUAAAAGAACUCCUCGAAGUGUGGGCUACAGACCUGAUUUUGUAGGAUUUGAAGUGCCAGACAAGUUUGUUGUGGGAUAUGCCCUCGACUACAAUGAAUACUUUAGAGACUUGAAUCACAUUUGUGUUAUCAGUGAGGAUGGAAAAGAGAAAUACAAGGCAUAGAAGAAACCAGCGUAAAAUUAACACGCCAACUACUUACCAAGGCUUCUGCGAAUCAGCUGCUACCCAGCCCACUCAUUUCCCUUACAAGUCAAAUUCCAUCUUGCAUGAAACAAAUUAUAGCCUUGUGUAUCAGCUUGGUUUAAGUCUUUCAUUGCUAGACCUGGCUUAAAACCUUCACUGCCACGGGAUGACUAACACAUUGCAAAGCAUUGUCUUGCUCACCUCUCUGGUGCUGAUCAGGUUUUAUAGGCAAAAAUUUUUUGAGGGGGUACAAAUAUAAAAACUUUACUUUUUAGCGAUUAUGAUUACAGAAGAGUUCUUUAAAUUCCUACAAAUGUUUCUUAGAAUUUUGAGUAGUUGGUGAGACUAAAGUAAACAUAUCACCAACCACCCUCUACAUAAGGGGGCUUCUUCCAUUAAUGGAAAUGAGUGGAGAUUCAGUACUCUCAAUGCAUGCAGAGAAACCCUCCUUAUGUACUCAUUCAGACGUGACUAGUAAAAUCUAAAUAGUUAAUUCUAUAACUUAAAAAAAAAUAUAUAUUUUGUAAGUCGAAUUAGCCAUACUUUCACUAUUCCCUUUUUUUGAACUAUCAGGACAUUGAGGGCUAUAGAUUAGAUAUAAUUUUGGCAAAGUCAUUUUUGACUAGCCCCUUUGAUGCAGAAGAGGCCUCUUUAAAGGGCAAAUAUACCUCUAAAAUAACGUAGGCAUAGUUCUAGUUAUUUAAUAUGUACUGUAUCCUGCUAAGCACCUUUUCAUGUUGCAAUGCUCAUGCUUACUAUAUAGUAUACAUUGAUACCCUUGAUUGCUAUUGCAAAUCAUAAGUACAUGUUUUGUGCCUGAUCACUCACUCAACUAUUCACCACUUUUACAUUGUGGAUCAAUAUUUCAUCACAUUUGCAGGCAACGUAACAAAAGCCAUCUUAUUGGGAAAAAAAGGUCUGCUGGUUUAUAUCCUUACUUUAACUGUGUUAAUAUAACUUAAACUAUUGCAGAUGUGUACACUGAAAGUAUUUGGUGUCAGGAAGAAAUUGGUAUUUUUUUAUGUAAUUUAUUUUAUUUAUUUUUCUUUUAUUAGAGGAUUAAGCACCACAUUUUGGUAUAUUUUCCCAGUAGUAAUAAUAAUCAAGUUUCUCAUGGGUGUUGUGAACUGUUCAGAUAUUAUUCUUCUAAAUUAUGAUCUGCCAUAUUUUCUUGAAUCCUUUUUUUUAUGCUUAUGGGCAACAUGUAAAUUUAUGCUACCCAGUGGUAUGUUGUAAUCAUAUGCUGUUGAAGUAAAAUCACUGAAUGAAUAAAAUCAUUUCCUUUUGA